AUGGAUAAAAAGAGGUUAGAGUUGCAUAGUUUUUCUGCCACGGACUUGCAAUAUAGAGGCUCACAGACGCCCAAAGCUUCACCUACCACCUCCACAUCCACAAAUUUCUACAACCUGAUUGAUAAAGAUAAGAAAAAAUUACAAUUCACAGGUAAACCCAAGAAAUUGAAAGAUUUAUUAACGCCAGAUCCUUUGUUUGAAACUGAAAAAAUCAAAUUACUAUUCAAACUUUACUUACCCCGAAAGAAAUCAUCCAAUGAUGCCAAUAGUUUGAAACAAUUGAAAACCAAUCUACCGUUAUUGUUACCUCAUUCAAAUGAUACUACAUUGGUGUCUUAUCCCAAAUUAAAUUUCGAAUUGCAUUUGUUUUUGGCUUCUAUAAUGUGUGAAUUCGUCAAUUCAUGGUAUUUGACAAAGUUAAAUACUGAUAAUUUUGAUUUUAUAGUCACAAUUUACAACAUUUUGUGUGAUUUCAUCAAGGAUUUGGCUUUCAGAAUGAGUAAGAUUUUGAAUGGAGAUAAUUUAUUAUUUAGGAUAGACGAAUUGAGCAGUUUAUUGAACACACAUCUUAUCGAGUUGAUAGAUAAAGAAGAUCAGGUGAAAAUUAUUAGGGAUUAUCAUCAUUCAACUGCAAAUCUGAACAUUAUUAACCACGAGUUAACUGACGAGGAGAUAAUGAAACAGUAUUUGAAGACUAAACAUGUCAGUUUCGAGGGCUCAGAUACCAGAGGCGUUUACCUUAGAGUGUUGGUAAGAAAGAUACUUUCCAGUACUUUCAACGAUGAUAAUCCUGGAGUCUUAAAUUCUGAAAUAGGUACAAAUUUUGUCGUCAGUAUUUUAUCGGACUUGGUUUUUAAUAACAUCAUUAGUAAAUUGAGUACUCCUGAAUUCAUCUUCUCCAAUAUCAAAAGAGUCGUAGAUACCAUAUCAAGACGUUUGGACAAACCUCAACCCAAACCUAAAUCACUUCAACAGAGAAUGAAGGGAAUUUUCUCCAUGAGUUAUAAAGAUUUGAGUUACCUCAUGAUUUGGAAUGAAGGAGGUAUCGAUACAAAUUACAACAUUCUAGAUAACAAGGUUUUCCAAUUACUUGACACCAUCACUGGGUUCUCAAACAGGAAACCCUUACUUUUCUCUAUUAUCCAUUCUGUCAAGGAAAUAAUGGGUAGUAAUAAUAUUUUAUCAGGCAAGAUAAAUCGGAUUUUGAAAAAGUAUUUAUUCAGAGGGUUAGUGCAAUCUAACUUGUUAAAUGAUGAUACGUUAUCGAAGAUCAUUAGCGAUUUGAGGAUGAGUAUAUUUAACAAACCCAUUAAAGAAGAUGUGAACUCACCCAUAACCAUGGAUUCUUUGGCCAAUGAUAUUUAUAACCUCAUUAACCACGAAAGAUUACCUUUAUCAUUGAUGAAGUACCUUAAAUUCAAAGGCGAGACUAAAGAAGAUACCCUCAAAUCAAUCAAGUCCACACUCUUAGUAUUCAAUUACGAUCCAAAGAAUGCGGUUGACCAUUUGGCUGACCAAUCAGAUACAGAUUCUCCCAUACGUUUGAGGGCAUCUCCAAUCAUCAAAUCAUUGAAGGAAUCCUGUGAACUCAAUGAGCUUUUUAUGAUACAAAUAGUCGAUUUGCUUGUCGCGAAAUUAUAUCCAGAAUUGGUAUGA